GUAUCAUUGAUUUACUGUAUAAGAAUAAUACAUUGUCAACUUCAGGAAUACUCAAAAGGAACAGUAGGCCAAGUUUAGCAGUUUACUUUGUUUUUUAUAUAUAUAAAAGGUUAUGAAACAAAUAGAUGAUGAUUCAUGUAAGUUCAAAAAGGAAAAACCUAACUUUUCCUUGAGGAGUGGCAAAUAAAUUGGUAAUGUGUGAGAAAUGGCCUGUGUUUCCCCAGUAAGCUGUUUCAACUUAUGCUUUCAAAUGGCAUAUAUUAUUGGGAGCAACAGCUUGGCAAAUUCACAGUUCACCAUUGGGUAAGGCAGCACUCUAAUAUUAGACAGACAUGUUAAGUAAUUUAGCAUUUGGUGUAAUUUCUGACCUAUUUUGAAUGGCAGUGUUAAUUAGGCUAGUUUUUCUAGCUAAUUUAUUUAAGCCCCUUUUGUUUUUCUUUACUAAAGUCUCACACUGGGGGAACGUUUGGAUGAGGUUAUCAGAAUUGAUAGAUGUUAGCUUUCCAUCCCCCACCCACACGGAUCCUACCCGAACGCCCCCUGCCACACAGAAAAAUUCACUGUCUGUCCGGUUGUGUCAGUAAACAAUCUGGUUACGAAAUGGCGGUUGGGAGCAGAAGGCCCUUCCCUCUCCCUCCCUUUCUUUACUGGGCUUGCUCUCUCUUUCGCCUCUAGGGGGAGGGCUUGGGAAAGAGAACAGCACUAUUUGCAGUUAAUGGUCUUCUCAUAUUUAACAGAGCAGAGCUUUUUCUUUCCUUAAACCAAUGCAACUUUAUGUAUAGGUAGUAUUCUGGGCAGGCUGCUAUUUAGGCCAUAGUGAAAUCGGUUUCAUGUGGCCACAACGGUUUCCGUAGGGUCCAUAGUUGUCAGUUGUCUGUUUCAUGUGUACGUUGUGGGGCCAAAAUGUGUCACAGUGUGUUCAGGCUUUUCCCUUCAGACAGACUUGAGAGACCUAAAUUUAUGUAACUUGGAUUUGGAUGUUGUUCAUUCAAAGAAAGGAAUGUCUAUAUGUGCAGUUAAAUGCAGGUUUGAAAAGGCUUCAGCCUGUCAUGCUGGAAAUGCCAAUGGAUAAGGUUGCAGUAGCAUUGGCUGUUGGUCAGGAGAGAGCAAACCUCUGUGUUAGCCCACAUAGCCCUACUGCAGCAUGGAGGUGCUGCCACUUGCUGGAAGACAGUGAUCUCAAAUCAGCCUUCAGGUUCCGCUCAAGUUCCUCUCAUCUUAAGCUCUGUGUGUCUGAAUUGGUUUCCCAGACAGAGUAGCCUGUCCAGUUACCAGUGCUUUGAAGGUAUGAAGGACAGCCUUUGUCAGCUUCUGCUCUGGUCUGCUCACUGCUUGUUGAUGCCACCCCCACGGCUGCUGUUUGUUUAGACGUCUGAUUGCAUAUAUUAAUGUGUCUUCCAUAUGUCACUGCUUUAGGAAAGUGAAGUAGUGAGUCACUCUAUAUUGACAUUACUGUUCCCUCUCGCCUCUGUCUUGUUCCUCUGCUAAAUGCGAUGUAUCUUUGCUGUAGAUGUAUGUUAAUCUUUUACGAAAUAGCCUAAUUUAAAUAUCUCUGUCAAGACAGGAAACACUUAGUACCCUUUUUUGACAUCUGUCUGCCUCCUCUGAAAUCUUUUCGCUUCUGUUUCAUGUCACUGAAUGCGGGGUUUUGCUGCUGGACGUAGUACAUGACGUUGUGCAUCAGUGUUAUUUUCAGGUCUUGGUAUUUCUUUAACUGUUUUGUCUGAAAGUGUGUGUAAUGACAAUAACAACUGAAAGUGCUCCGCUCUUGAAAAAUAAAGAGAAACAGAGAUGGAUGAUUGUGGGCUAAAGAAGAUUAGGCUGUCUGGAAAGAAAUGGUGCUUUCAGAGUGUGGAUAACUGUGACCUGGAGGGGAGGCCACGAUGGAAACCCCUUUGUGUUGACUGACAGAGGACCUCAUUGGAGUCACCAGUGGCACAGCCUGAGUUAGGAAAGGGUCUCUGAAUGUCAUUUUGGUUUUGGUGGAUCAGAACCUGUCUAGGUUGGUUAGGUAAUGGGGGACUCUUAUUAUGAAGUGGCUCCCCUGGUGGUGAGAGAGGGAAACAGAAAGAGGGACCGACCUUUGUUGAAAGCGGCUCCAACGAACGGCAGACAUUUUCUGACUGUCCUGCGGAAGGCAGCUGGUGUGGCUGCCAAUCAGAUGAGAGCUGGGGAGCUAGGCUGGAGUGGGGGAGGGGCAGCAGGGGAAGAGCCUGGAUUUUGCUGUAAUUACUACACCUUCUGACCUCCUUCCUUUGAGCCUGGCUGCUGAAAAUCUCUACAGUAGAUGUUGAAGGCUGCCAAAAGAAAUCAGUUCAUCUCUUCACUUACUUGUGACCACAAAUUCCCUCUUUGCUAAGUCGUUCUGGAUGGAUGGAUGGAUGGAUGACUUCAGAGAGAGUUUUCUGCCUGCUGGUUUGGCCGGGGGGAUUGUGGGGAAGAGAGAAUCCAUGAAAGCUGAUGGCAUGAAGGACUCUCGCAAAGAUACAGAAGAAGGUGGGGAUGAGGAUCGUCUGAAUAAGAAAAUGGAACCUGCCAAAACAGACGCAGAGCUAAAUGGGACCUAUGAGAGCACAGAAACAGGGAAAGCUCAGCAGGGCCUUUCUGUCCAAGGGUCGCCCACCCAAUCACAAGCCAUGGAGAAUGGACUAUCAGAUACUGAUCCUCCUCAUGGCUCCACUGUGGGCAGUAAUGGAUACAUUCUCAGUAAGCACCAGGAGGACACACCGGCUACCCAACACAGGACUAGCUGGUCCCCCGUGGGGACUUCAGCCAUAGGGCAUGCCUCUAAAACACUCCCUCCUUUGGUUAAAUCACAACACCAGGGCCAAGCUGCUCUAAGGACUGACAUGAGCAAAGGGCCCAGCCUGGCAGAGGGGCGCUCGGAGAAAGAGACUAAAAAUGGCACCACGUCAAACACCCCUCCACCUGUAACGAUACACAGAGCGCGAAAAACCAUGUCCAGACCGGCCUCAAAUCAGCCGUUAAAGCUUUUAAACAGGGAAACAAAAGAGCCAAGUGUGGUGAAAGAUAAGAGCGUGAGUGGAGCCGAUACUGGGCUGCCUCUGCAGACUCCUCCUGCUCAAAAACAGCUACCUCAGAGCCAAACUGAUGCCACACCGGCAGCGAUCGCCACACCAGCCAAGCCACACACAGUAGCGUCCGUGUUGAGGAAGAAGAAGCGAAAGAUGGGAACGUAUAGUCUCAUUCCCAAGAAGAAAACCAAAGUCCUGAAGCAGCGCACAGUACUGGAGAUGUUCAAGAAUAUCUCCAAAUCUCCACCUAGUCCUCAGCAGCCACAAGACACCACACAGGUAAACGGGGAGCGAGUAGAGAACGAUUCUGAGGAAGAGGAGUCGGAGGAGGAUUCUGAGGAUGAAGAAGAGCUGGCUGUGGAAGAGAGGGUCACAGCACCUAAGGAGGGCAGCAGAAUACCUUCAGUCCCACAGCUUGGAGAGGAGCAAGAGUCUGAAGAGUCUGCAGAAGAGGAAGGUGGAGAAGAGGGAAAUGAAUCAGACUUGAGUUCGGAGUCCAGCUUAAAGAAGAAGUUGAAAAAGAAGACCAAGGGAGACAGCGCUUGGCUUCGGCCCACCAGGAAACGCAAGAAGAAGUUGAAGUCAAAGUCGGAGGGUAUUUCUGGUAUGGAUGUCCAGACUCGCUCAGAGACUCGAAGCCCUGCCCAAGCCCCUGUCCCUGCUGAAGGAAAAGAGUACACAGAAGUUCCAAUAGAAGCACUCAACCUGAAAGCUCAGGACGCUCUGCUGAAUACCCAGAGCACAGGAGUGUCGGACACAGUAGAGAGUGCUGCUUCAGACAUGGUGCAGGAGCUUCCCCUUUGUAGCUGCCGUAUGGAGACACCCAAGAGCAGAGAGAUCCUCACCUUGGCUGACAGGAAGUGCAUGGCCACAGAGAGUGUGGAUGGACAGCUGAGCCGGUGUCAGGGUGCAGUGCUGAAGCAUGAGAUGAUGAGGCCAUCGAACUUGGUGCAACUGCUGGUGCUGUGUGAAGAUCAUCGCACAGGAAUGAUCAAACACCAAUGCUGUCCAGGCUGCGGCUACUUCUGCAGGGCGGGGACCUUCAUGGAGUGCCAGCCAGAGGUUAACAUCUCACACCGGUUUCAUCGAUCAUGUGCAUCAGUAGUGAAGGGACAGAGCUUCUGUCCACACUGUGGAGAAGAGGUCAGCAAGGCCAAGGAGGUCACUAUCGCCAAGGCCGACACAACCUCCACCGUACCCCCGAGCCAGGGCCCCAGCACGCCAGGCACUGUGGAGGGCAGGGCAGACACCACCACUGGAGGGCCAUCUCGCCUCUCUGUGCCUGGAGAGAAUAGAGCAGACAGCACCUUACACAGACCUGCAGAAGCUGUGGAUGCCCCAGGCACCAGCAGGUCAGGAACAGGAGUGGGGGCUGGACCCCCAGGAGGACCCCCUAAAGAGACUCUGGAAACAGUCCUGCUGGCCCUGGAUGCAGAGAAGCCCAAGAAACUUCGCUUUCAUCCAAAACAGCUGUACAUCUCUGCCAAGCAGGGAGAGCUGCAGAAGGUCUUACUAAUGCUAGUGGAUGGAAUCGAUCCCAACUUUAAGAUGGAGAACCAGAGUAAGCGCACACCCCUCCAUGUAGCAGCUGAGGCUGGGCAUCAGGAGGUCUGCCAUAUGUUGGUCCAGGCUGGUGCUAAUCUGGACAUGUGUGAUGAGGACCAGCGCACACCCUUGAUGGAGGCCUGUGAGAAUAACCAUCUGGACACAGUGCGCUACCUACUGAGAGCUGGAGCCAUUGUUUCUCACAAGGAUGGAGAGGGCUCUACAUGUCUCCACCUUGCUGCUAAGAAUGGGCAUUUCAGUAUUGUGGAGCACUUGGUGUCUACAGGUCUUGUAGAUAUUAACUGUCAGGAUGAUGGAGGCUGGACAGCAAUGAUUUGGGCGACGGAGUAUAAACACACAGAAAUAGUCAAGCUGCUGCUAUCUAAAGGUGCUGAUCCUAACAUCAGAGACAAGGAGGAGAAUAUCUGUUUGCACUGGGCAGCGUUUUCUGGGUCCGUGGACAUAACUCAGAUUCUGCUGGAUGCAAAAUGUGACCUCAACACAGUCAACGUCCACGGAGACUCCCCACUGCACAUUGCAUCGCGGGAGAAUCGACUGGACUGCGUUACGUUGUUUCUGUCAAAGGGGGCUGAUGUGAACUUGAAAAACAGGGAGGGUGACACACCCAUGGAGUGCUGCAGCCAGAACUCCAAGGUGUGGAACACUCUUCAUGCAAGCAGGAAGCAGAGAGACGCCAGCCGUGAACGGAGAUCUUCAAAAGAGAAGCUUCUCAACAGGGACAUAGCACGGGGCUAUGAGAGAGUGCCUGUCCCAUGUGUAAACGCUGUAGACAGCGAGCCUUGUCCUGAUGACUACAAAUACGUCCCUGAUAACUGUGUCACAUCCCCCAUGAAUAUUGACAAAAACAUCACUCACUUGCAGUAUUGCGUUUGCAAAGAUGACUGCUCUUCAGCCAGUUGCAUGUGUGGUCAGCUGAGCCUGCGCUGCUGGUAUGACAAGGAGAGUCGUCUUCUGCCGGAGUUCUGUUGUGAGGAGCCACCUCUUAUUUUUGAGUGCAACCAUGCCUGUUCCUGCUGGAGAACCUGCAAGAACCGCGUUGUUCAGAACGGAUUACGAAUCAGACUGCAGCUGUUCAGGACUCAAAAGAUGGGUUGGGGCGUUCGGACAUUACAGGAUAUCCCUCAAGGAACCUUUGUCUGCGAGUACGUGGGGGAGAUAAUCUCAGACGCAGAGGCAGAUGUCAGAGAGAAUGAUUCCUACCUUUUCAGCCUGGACAGCAAGGUUGGCGAUAUGUACUGUAUUGACGCCCGUUUCUAUGGAAACAUCAGUCGGUUCAUAAACCACCACUGUGAGCCGAACCUGUUCCCCUGCCGAGUGUUCACCUCUCAUCAGGACCUGCGCUUCCCGCACAUUGCCUUUUUCGCCAGCAAGAACAUCAGUGCUGGAGACGAGCUGGGGUUUGAUUAUGGUGAUCACUUCUGGGAUGUGAAAGGGAAGCUGUUCAGCUGCCAGUGUGGCUCGUCUCAGUGUAAGCACUCGGCAGCAGCGAUCGCCCAGAGGCAGGCAGACAGCACACCAGGAGAGCAGCAGGCCAGCGCUCUGCCAGAUACAAGCUCAUCCACCACACCACCCAGCCCCAGCUGA